GCGGUGCGGCGCUGUACGAGUGACGGGUGGUCAUGGCGACUCGUCGGGCUCUGCACUUCGUGUUCAAAGUGGGAAACCGCUUCCAGACGGCGUGUUUCUAUCGUGAUGUCCUGGGAAUGAAGAUUCUUCGGCAUGAGGAAUUUGAGGAAGGCUGCAGAGCUGCCUGUAAUGGGCCUUAUGAUGGAAAAUGGAGUAAAACAAUGGUGGGAUUUGGACCUGAGGAUGAUCAUUUUGUUGCAGAACUGACUUACAAUUACGGCAUUGGCAACUACAAGCUUGGCAAUGACUUCAUGGGUAUCACGCUCGCUUCUAGCCAGGCUGUCAGCAACGCCAGGAAGCUGGAGUGGCCACUCAGUGAAGUGGCAGAAGGUGUUUUUGAAACCAAAGCCCCGGGAGGAUAUAAGUUCUAUUUGCAGAACCGCAGUCCAUCUCAGUCAGAUCCUGUAUUAAAAGUAACUCUAGCAGUGUCUGAUCUUCAGAAGUCCUUGAACUACUGGUCUAGUCUACUGGGAAUGAAAAUUUAUGAAAAAGAUGAAAAGAAGCAGAGGGCUUUGCUGGGCUAUGCUGAUAACCAGUGUAAGCUGGAGCUACAGGGCAUCCAAGGGGCAGUUGAUCAUGCAACAGCUUUUGGACGAAUUGCCUUUUCUUGCCCCCAGAAAGAGUUGUCAGACUUAGAAGAUUUGAUGAAAAGGCAGAACCAGAAGAUUCUGACUCCCCUGGUGAGUCUGGACACUCCAGGGAAAGCAACAGUGCAAGUUAUCAUUUUGGCCGACCCUGAUGGACAUGAAAUUUGCUUUGUGGGGGAUGAAGCAUUUCGAGAACUCUCUAAGAUGGAUACAGAGGGAAGCAAAUUAUUGGAUGACGCAAUGGCAGAAGAUAAAAGUGAUGAAUGGUUUGCUGCACAAAAUAAACCAAAGGCUUCAGGUUAACCGAAGACAUCAUGUGGAACAAGCAUUAGUGAUUCCUGUCGAACACCUGUGAGGCCUGAUGUGUGCAUUAUGUGACAAAUGUUCUCACAACUUGGUGGUUUCCUGUAUAGGCAGAGAGGCUGGGUGGUGAAGAUUUGUGUAUUUUAAUCUUUGAGAGCUCUGAUAUAUUUUAGAGAGAAAAUCCUUUCAUUAUUAGUCCAUUUAGAGGAGAACUCUUGCUGUCAUCUAUGCCAUCCCUGGAAGGGUACAUUUUGUGUGUAACUGUAUUAGAUUAGUAAUACAUUCUUCUGAAGCCUGGGACAGCUGUAUUGAACAGGACCUUUGGUUGGGGAUGGAGGGAAUUUUCUUAAGUAUGUAGAUUUAAAGAGAACAAAUAAACCCAAAUCAAUUGCUUACAGCAGGAGUACUUCCAGUACCUGGUGACAGUAUGCUGUUCUAAUGUCUUACUCUGGCAGGCCUUGACCAAUGAAAACUUUUAAAGAAAUUUUGUGCCUUGAACCAAAAGACUUGGUUAACGUUCCCACAUUCUUUGCUUUAAAUUUUUGAGUAGCCAGAGAAAACAGACAAAAGGAUCUAAUGUGUUAUGUUGCUACACACCUGGCUCUGUGCUAGUUUCUCUCUCUCUCUCUCUCUCUCUCUAUAUAUAUUUUUUCUUUUUUCUUUUAAUCCUCGUAAGAAGAGACCAUGUUAGAUUUUUAGUGAUGGAUUAGAUGAUUUCUUCAGCAUGAAAAUCUUUUUUUU